AAACUAUACUCUGAAAAGUGAUGAUAGGUUCAGUUAACGAUUUGCAUAUAGGAAAAAAAGCGCUCAUCCUGGAUUCAACUACUAACUAUCACCUAUCUCUGCUUAUAAUGCUUGUGAAUUAUGGCUAUAUCAAAGCAAUCCUCACAUGUUGCACAUAUUUCAAUAAGAUAUGGAUUAAUUGAACUUCUCAACAUCAAUGGGAAUAUUCUAACAGCCAAUACAAAAAAUGAGUCAAAUAUGAACACUUUUUUUCAAGUUGUACUACAGAUGAUUAUUGUUGAAUCCAAUGUCAAUGUCAAUUUAGCAGACAAUGUCGAUGAAGAUAGUUUAAAAGAACCAACAUUUUGGUUAUUACAAGAAGCUGAAAACUAUUUCUAUUUUGAAUGGACUCCAUUUUAUGAAUUAAAAAGUGAUGCAUUAAAAUUGAAUUUAAAAAAAUCUGAUAUAACAAGACAAUUGAAAAUGGAUGAGACUGCAUCAAAAUUACAAACUAUUGGUAGAGCAUGUAUAAAUGAAGAGUAUACCAUUACAGAUCAUCGUUUACACAUUUAUUUGAUUGAUAGUGUCAAUUCAAAAAGGAAAUUAAAUUAUAAACGUAUGCAAAGUCCAACAAUCGGGAUGACAAAUAAAAAGCUCGCAUACAUAACAUGGAAAAUAAACGAAAAAGUUUGCAAUCCAUACGAUGCAAUAGUGAUUUUUAAAAAAGAUUCAACAGGAUUUCAUCGAAUGCAUAUUGUCUCUGUUGAUGAAACAGCAUUUUAUUUUGAUGAAAUAUUACAAGACCAAGAAGAGAUUAUUAUUACAAGUUAUCAUGAGAAUAUGUUUGGUUUAUCUGAAUUAGGUAAGUCUAUUAAAGUGACUUUAAUAACCGAAAAUGUAUCGACAUCUAAUUCUCAUUAG